AUAAUAUAUCAGAAAACGUCUCUCUUCUCUUUCUCUUUCUUUCACGGAAAAAAGAAACGAAAAGUUGGUUUUCCUGUGGUGAUCAAUGUUGCUAGGCUGCAUCAAAUGAUUUGAAAAGGGAGGGUCAAAUCAGAGAAGCUCUCUUGUUUUGCUCUGUUCAAUGUUACCCUAACAGCCAUAAAAGAGAAAGAUAGAGAAGGGGAAGGGGAGGGGUUAAUGAUCUGCGUAGGAUAACAACCUUUUACAGUUGCAGCACUGAUACAACUCCUAGCAAUCUGUCUAAAGCAAAAACCAAAAAUAUAAAAAAAAGAAUAAAAAUGUGGGGGGAGUUGCAGAGAUUUUGAGUCUGACAAAGGACCUGCUUUCCUCUCUAUAUUCUGAAGCUAGGAAUUGAUAGAAAAAAAAUCAUAAAUUCCAUAGAUAGAUUAUAUUCAGACAGAGAAGAUGAUCAUGAAGCACGUGUACACUUAGAUUGCCAUCACAGCAGGAUCCACUUGAUCAUCCGAAGACCAUCAAUCUCCCAUUUAUCACCGCUGCUGCUACUCUAAAAAGUACCUCUCUCUCUCUCUCUCUCUCUCUCUCUCUCUCCCCGAUUUUCUCCCGCUAUUCAUCAACCUAGCAAAGCCCUCAAAUGGGUUGAUUCAAAGACUCAGGAGUCAUUGUGAAGAAUAAGUGAAGUGAAAGCACAGAAAAUAACAUUAGAUUUUUGAAAACUCCUAGAAACAAAACAGCAUCCGAUGGCGACGUACUUUCAUGGGAACCCCGAAAUCCAAGCAGCUGAUGGGCUCCAAACCCUCGUACUUAUGAACCCUGCUUAUGUUCAGUACUCGGAUACCCCUCCUCCCCAGCCAAACAACUUUGUUUUCCUCAACUCCAACGCUCUGUCUCCUCACGCUCCAUCUCCCCACACUCAGCAAUUCGUCGGCAUCCCCCUCCCUGUUACCUCAGGCGCCAACCAAGACCCUAUUUCCAACGAUAUCUCCCCCUUGCAUGGCCUCGUCCAGCGCGUUCAUUACAACUUGUACAACCCUAUUGACCCUUCUGGAGCAGCGCGUGACACGCCACGCGCUCAGCAGGGACUGUCUUUGAGCCUUUCUUCCCAACAGCAGUCCGGUUAUGGGUCACAGGCUCAAGCAGUUUCAGGUGAGGACAUGCGGGUUUCAGGCGGGUCAGCUUCUUCUGGUUCAGGGAUUACCAAUGGGGUGUCGGGUAUACAACGUGUGUUGUUGGGCUCUAAAUACCUAAAGGCUGCUCAAGAGCUUCUUGAUGAGGUUGUUAAUGUAAACAACACUGCGAUUACGAAGAAUGAAUUGACUAAGAAGGGUAGUGGAAAUAAUAGCAAUAGCAGUAAGGCUAUCGGAGAAUCGUCGGCUGUGGCCGGAGAUGUCUCUGGUGGUGAGGAGGCAGGUGGGAAGCGCGGUGCCGAGCUGACUACUUCAGAGAGACAGGAAAUUCAGAUGAAGAAAGCAAAGUUAAUUAGCAUGCUUGAUGAGGUGGAUCAAAAGUACAGGCAAUACCAUCACCAGAUGCAGAUUGUAAUUUCCUCAUUUGAGCAAGCAGCUGGAAUUAACUCUGCUAAAACAUAUACAUCUCUUGCAUUAAAGACCAUCUCCAAGCAGUUUCGGUGUUUGAAAGAUGCAAUAACAGGCCAAAUUCGAGCUGCAAACACGAGUUUGGGUGAAGAGGAUUGCCUAGGAGUGAAAAUUGAGGGCUCGAGACUUAAGUUUGUGGAUCAUCACCUUCGACAACAAAGAACACUUCAGCAGUUGGGAAUGAUGCAGCACAAUGCUUGGAGACCGCAAAGAGGAUUACCAGAAAGAUCAGUUUCUGUUCUUCGAGCUUGGCUCUUUGAACACUUUCUCCAUCCCUAUCCUAAAGACUCAGACAAGCACAUGCUUGCAAAACAAACAGGGCUUACUAGGAGCCAGGUGUCUAAUUGGUUCAUAAAUGCUCGAGUCCGGCUUUGGAAACCAAUGGUGGAAGAGAUGUACAUGGAGGAAAUCAAGGAGCAAGAACAGAAUGGUUCAGAGGACAAAACAAGCAAGAACCAGAAUAAUGAAGAUUCAACAUCCAAAUCCACUGCUCCAGAGAAAAGUCCUGCAGAGAACCAGGCUAAAAGUUUCAAUUCCAAACAGGACAAUGUCACAAACCAUAAUGCUUCCUCAAUGUCCAUUACUACAGCUUCAACGUCCCCCCUUGCAGGAAAUGUCCGCAACCAGUCAGGAUUCUCCCUCAUUGGCUCAUCCGAAUUGGAAGGGAUAACCCGAGGAAGUCCAAAGAAACCUAGGAGCAUUGAACUGUUGCAGUCCCCAACUAGUCUCCCAUCAAUAAACAUGGAUAUCAAGCAAAGUGAGGCAAACGAUGAGGUUUCUAUGAAGUUUGGCAAAGAUGGCUACUCAUUCAUGGGAACCAAUACAAAUUUCAUGGGAGGUUUUGGGCAAUAUCCAAUUGGAGAAAUUGGAAGGUUUGAUGCAGAACAGUUUGCUCCAAGGUUUUCAGGUAAUGGCGUUUCCCUCACUCUUGGUCUUCCCCACUGUGAAAACCUCUCCUUAUCUGGAACUCAUCAAACAUUUCUCCCAAACCAAAGCAUGCAAAUGGGGAGAAGGUUAGACAUUGGUGAACAAAAUGAAUUUGGUGCUAUAAACCCUUCAACACCUCACUCUUCAGCUGCAUAUGAGAACAUCAACAUUCAGAACAGAAAAAGGUUUGCGGCGCAAUUGUUACCAGACUAUGUUGCCUGAUGACUAUGAUUUGAGCUAGACAUUUCGGAUUCAACAAACUUACAGGGAAUGGUUUCAAGGGUCCUCUUUCACCAUUUCCUGAUGUUCUCAUCAUUUUCCCUCCUUUAGGGAACGAGGAAAAUGCAUGGUAAUGUAAAGAAUGAAAUUUCACCUAGUAUAGGUUUAUACUUUGCAUACCACAAUUUGAGUCCUUAGACAGCUUAGGAUCUCAGCUUAUAUUUGAGGAUUGUAUAUUAAUUUUGUAAGUUUUGGGGAUUGGAUAGAUGGAUUGAUAUCAUAAAAUUAGUUACUCGGGUAUACUAAUAUCUCAAUUUUUAGUCAAUUUCGGUGUGAAUAGUAUUUCAUCAAAUGGAUGUGGAAAGUUUAAAGCAGAGUUUGCUGCAACUGAAUUCUUUGGAGCAAAACUGUUACCAUGAACAUUCUUGAUGAAAGUGCUCAAGCUUUGAUGUGAGUUUAUCAAUGCUUGCAGAUUGAAACAUUUUGAAUCAUGAAUGCAGCACGAAGCGUUAAGGCUUGAGAUAAGGGACCCUAUUGCUUCUGUACAUGAAAACCUUACAAAAAAAAAAAAAAAGGGAAAGAGAGG